AUGCCUCUCACAGUUUUAGUCACUCUGUUAACAGUUUCCUGUUUCUGCGAGACAGCGAAAGGUUCAAGUGCGAAUAGUUCUUCAUUGUCCGUUGAGUUUAUUAAUCCGGCAAAACCGAACACAAGUUCAGUUUACCUGGGCCACUCUAUGGAUUUUGUCAUCAGAGCUACAAGUGGUGUGUUAGAGGAAGUUCUGUGCGCUGCCGAGGGGAAAAAUAAGUUUCUAACUUUGACGAAAGAAUCUCUCCAGAACGAGACUGCAGCUGUCUUCGAAUUGACUGCAGAAAGAAUUGGCUACGAAGUGAUUCGCUGCACCCAAUUCAACAACGCAUCAGCAAAUGAUUCUAGUUUGAACGUCGCAGAUAUCUUCUCCGAUAGUUCGAACGAUUUCCUGGAAAUCAAUAUCACCAUAAUUCUGGAACAAAACUGGGUAUAUGCGGUGGCUCCUGGUGUGGCGACGUCAGUUCUUGUGACUCUCAAUUUCUUGUUUGGAACCGACAUAUCUUUGAAGGAUCUCAGGUUCAUCACUCUGAGACCGAAACCUCUGAUUGCAGCAGCACUCUGUCAAUUUGUUCUUCUGCCACCUUGUGGUCUAGGAAUAGCGAAGAUGCUGCACUUUGAGCCAGAUGUGGCCCUGGGCGUCCUCUUGAUGGCCUGUGCACCGGGGGGAGGGGCCAGCAACUCUGCCACCUUCUUGGUCGAGGGGGAGGUGCCUCUCUCUAUCUCAAUGUCUUUCUUCAGCACCGCCCUCGCUGCAGGGACGAUGCCUCUGAACUUACUCAUCUACAGCCGGUUUUUGACCUCUGACCCCAGCUUCACACCCUCCGAUAUAUCUUACAAAACUUUGGCGACUGGUCUUGUGCUUAUCGUGGUGCCUGUCUGUAUUGGGAUGGCAUUGAUAGCAAAGGCACAGAAAGUGACGCUGAAGAUUAAGAAGUUUGUUCAACUAUUCGUCUUGCUGCUUGUUGUGUUGCUGGUCGGAUUAGUUGCGUACAAGACGUGGUACGUGUUUCAAUUACUGACUGGCAAAGACCUCCUGGGAGCUAUCCUUCUUCCACUCUCUGGGUUCUCUCUCGGAACAUUCGCCUCUGUGCUGAUGCGACUCCGCUGCUCCCAGGUCAAAACCAUCGCCAUCGAAGUGGGAAUGCAGAACUCCUUAAUAGUGAUCGUAAUGAUAGGAGCUGUUUUCAAACCACCCCAGUCUGAUCUAAACGCCAUCAUUCCGGUCUGUGUAGCCUUCACAACCAUAUUGUCGGUUUUUGUUAUAUGCCUCAUACAUUUUGCUCUCCGAAGAUACAACACGUGGUACCAAGAGGUGUGCGACCAAAAUAAACAGGAGCAGUUGUCGCAACGGAGACGUUUUGAGGGACUCGGGCAAAGUAUACGAAGACGCUUAACUUCUGUUUCGGCAUCGAUUAGCCUACCGAUUCGCAGAAAUCCCACUGUUCAGAAAUGUCCGACAGGUCAAGAGGACAAAGAAGCCAUCAUUGAACUGGAGAAAAACUGAAACCAAUCUUCUUGAUUCUUCGCUUUUUUCUUGUUAUAUUUAUUUGACAACCAAUUAUCAGAACUGUAACAUUG